ACACACACACACACGCACACACACACACACACACACACAGUAAGAGAGAGUCAUUCUGUCUGCUCCACCUGCUGUCUCCACUAAAGACACCACAUUACUGCACACAGCCUUCACUUUGCACAUCUUUUCAUGUAAAAUGCGUAAGCGAUUUAUUCAAGUGUGUGGCUUCUUGAUAUCAACGCUGGGCUGGCUGUUUGUGCUGUGCACCAUGGCCAUGGACUUCUGGAGGAUCACUCAAAUAGGAGGCCAGGGCGGGUCGUUCAUCAUCAAGGUGGCCUGGUACUGGUCCAAUCUGUGGAAGGACUGCUUCACUGACUCCACUGCAGUGACAAACUGUAGAGACUUUCCUGUGCUAUGGAGCGUCACCACGUAUGUGCAGGGCGUGCGAGGCUUGCUGAUGUGCGGCCUGACGCUGGGCUUCUUUGCCGCAGUGCUGUGCUUCCUGGGCAUGGAGUGCACUUACAUUGGCGGCGAGCAGCAGAGCAAGGACAAGAUGCUUUUUGCAGGCGCCGUCUUUCACUUUGUAGGCGGUGUGGCAGACAUCGCCGCCUACUGCUUGUACAUCAACAGGGUCGCCAGGACGUCCUUUGCUCCCAGCUUGGCGCCUGGAAUCUUGCGGUACGACUUAGGACCUCCCAUUUUUCUCGGGCUGGUUGGAUGUUUCUGCAUCCUUUUAGGGGCUAUCUUCUACGCCGUCACAGUCUACACGGUCGUCAAACCCAAGAGUCGAGUGGUCUACGCCUACGGAGGACGCACCUACAUGGACCCUCGCUCGAGAGGGAGGAGCCUGUACACAGGCUACUACGGACCCUACAGCGGACCCUCCAGGCUCUAUGGGACGUACUACGCCUCAGGAAGAUCCAGCGGCUCCAGAAUCUCCAAGCUCUCUGCGACAACACCUGAGAAAAUGUCGGCCAGAGAUGCAUUCGUGUAGUCUUGAACACUUGAACUGCGGAAUUGGAAGGAAACUGUUGUACUUACCCAAUUUUUUUUUAUAGAUUUUUAAUAUUGUAUUGUUGUGUGAAUGCUCCAAUGCAUUCACACAUAUAGUUGUUGUUCUUCUUCUUCUCCAGAUGUUGGCGCGCUCUACCUUCUACAUUUUUCACCCGAUUCAAACUGUUCCAACUUCAAACUGUUCAGCCUACGCGGGCUUUCCCUUGACAAAUUCCAAAAAUUCCCAGAAUUCCAGGUUUUUUCAGGACAUUUUUCCCAUUCAAAAUGAAUUGGCCAUUUUUCAAACUUCUACCAUUUCCACAUUUGUAACCUAUUAAAACCAUUCAACACAUUCCACUCAUCCUGGACAUUCAAACUAUAAUUUUUCUAAGUUAAAAUUUUUUCCAGACUCCAAGGUACUUGAACUCCUCCACUUGGGGCAGGGUCUCCUCCCCAACCCGGAGAUGGCACUCCACCCUUUUCCGGGCGAGAACCAUGGACUCGGACUUGGAGGUGCUGAUUCUCAUCCCAGUCGCUUCACACUCAGCUG